AUGGCGAAGAGAGUCAUACGUCUAUUCGGAUUCCCAGUCCAUGACGCGCCGGGCGAGGCAGAAGCCGAAUGCGCUCUCUUACAGCAACGGAACAUCGUCGACGCAGUUUUAAGCGAGGAUGUCGACACAAUCAUGUUUGGCUGCACCCGAAGUCUUCGAAACUGGUCAGCAGAGGGAACCCGCGGAGCCAAGACGCCCACUCACGUUAGCAUGUACGAGGUCGACGAUUUUUUGUCUGCUGAAACGGGUCUGGAUCGAGAGGGUAUGGUGUUGGUCGCACUGAUGAGCGGAGGUGACUACAUACCCGAAGGUGUACCAGGAUGCGGUCCCAAGGUUGCAUGUGAAGCGGCGAAAGCUGGGUUCGGCAAGUCGCUAUGCCGCUUGAAGAUCGAAGACGAUGAUCAAUUUAACGAUUGGAGGAUGACGUUGCGACACGAACUGCGUACGAACGAGAACGGCUUCUUCAGAGUACGGCAUAAAGCUCUCUCUAUACCAGAUGAGUUUCCAGAUCGCCAAGUACUAAGGUAUUAUACGCACCCGGUCGUCUCAAGUGCCACCACUAUCGACAGGCUGAAGGCGGGUCUCGAUUGGAGUCGUCCAAUAGAUGUGCAAGGCCUCCGGUACUUUGCCGACGAGACGCUUGACUGGGUGAACAAACUCGGUGCCAUUAAAUUCACGCGAGUUCUGUCGCCGGCGUUACUCGUCCACAAAUUACUGGAGAGGCACCUUUCCGACCAAGCAAGCUACCAGACGGCAGCGGAGAUGGAUAAGGAAGAAUCGAAACUGAUCAACCGUAUCACUGGGAUACGAAGCCAUCACAGCACCGAUGGUAUUCCAGAGUUGCGUGUAGCACACAUUCCGACCGAUAUAGUCGGUCUCGAUUUUUCACAAGAAAUUGACGAAGCCGACGAAGUGCCCUUUGAUCGCCAGGGACUCGGGCUCAACAGCGACGAGGAGUUCGAAGCUGCCAUCGACGGCGAGGGAGUGCCAGCGAGCAGCCAGGUCGUGCCAAAAAGCACAUUCGACCCAUAUGCCGCCCAGAUGAUCUGGCUGCCCGAGUCGCUCGUCAAGCUGGGCGCGCCUCUGACUGUUGAAGAUUGGGAAGAGAAACAGCGCGCUAAGGUUGCUAAGGCGUCUGCAAAGCCCAAGAGCACCAGCAGCAAGGGCGUUGGCAAGAGGAAGCCCACCAAAGCCGUCCCAGCCGAGGCCGGCGCUCUUGAUAGGUGGAUGCAAAUCACGACAAGCACCACAAGGCAAUCAGCAAAGACUGGUGGCGCAACAUCGCAAGACCAAAUAGACGACGAAGACGUCCUCCCACCACAACUUUCCCGACCAACUAUUCUUAGGCCUGACCCAACAAAGGUUACGGCUGCGUUUCCGGCCUCCUCCUCCUCCUCCUUCUCCUCACAACGACCGAACCCCUUGCCGAGACCAACAAACCGAAGUAAGCAAUCCAGGUCCAACGGGAAAGUGUCUGCCACCGCAGAACCAACCGCUCACAGUAACCCCUGGGCAUACGCUGGCUCACAACAUAUGCCUAGGAUCACCAAGCCUCGGCAGCCCGCAGAGCCGAUUCUGUUGUCAUCUAGCCCCGUGCGCGCUUCGCCUGCGUCUGCUUCUUCGUCGCUGAAAAUCCCGCUGAGCCCGCUGAGCCCAUCGAGCCCGCCUACUCAACCAACGCCUCAGCACAUCAUCAUCGACCUGUCAGGUUCUGACGAGGAUUCCUUCGUCGAACCCGAGCCCAAUCCGCCUAUCACGUCUACAGCAGCACCUCGUCGUCCUUCCCAAAGCCCCGGGAAACAUCGGCCUUCGACAAGAGGUGCGUCCCCUGUACGGCUGCCCACCACUCCGUCAAAGAACCAGCGGGGUUUGAAGCAGACACGUAUGGAAUCCUUUGUGACCGGCGCCAACACGCGGCAAACGGCGGAUCAAGAGACCAACCAUGAUAGGCGGCCAAAGAGUGUCCAGAGCGGUGCCCGCCUCAAAACGUCCAUCACCGUCAGCCAGACUGCUAUGGUCAAGCCCGCUGGAUCAAAGGAUGAUGCUGGCGCUGACUUCCGUGGUUUUCGAACCACCAAAGUCACAGCCUCCUCCUGGUCAGAAUCGGACGAUGCGUUUGCGCCAAACCCCACAGCAAAAGCCGCCUCAGGGGAGGCCAGGAAAAAGGUCAUGGUGCCACGGACAAGCGUCAGCGGAUUUUUCCGGGUGGUUGAAGUGAGCGACGAGGAUUGGUUAGCCGGAACGAAGGCGACGAUGGCAUCGGGGCGCUUGACAAAGGACGACGGAUGGAGGCAGAGCGAAGUUUCCAUUAUAGACCUCACAGGAGACGACGAAUAA